AUGUUCGCCCCGGCACAGAUCGCGUUCCACCUCACGCAAAUAGAGUUCCAACUGUUUUCGGAGAUCCCUCAGCGUGAGUACCUCCACAACGCUUGGAGCAAAAAGGGGGGAGAAGCGAAGAAACUGGGCAAGUUGAUCGAACGAUUUAACGCCGUGAGCUUCUGGGCUGUGACGUCAAUCCUCACGCACGGCCAUUCCACGAAGAAAAGGAGUCCCAUGUUGGCGCUGUUCAUUGCGGUGGCGGACUCGUGCCUCAAGCUGCAGAACUAUCAAUCGGCGAUGCAGAUCUUCUCGGCCCUCAACAUGAGCCCCGUGCAGCGCCUGAAGGACGAAUGGAAAGCACUCCCAAAGAGGUCGCAACAGAUAUAUGCCGACUUGCAGGUGUUCUUCGCAAGCGAGAACAACUUCAGAAACUACCGUAACGUCAUCCGUACGGUGGCGGCUCCGGCUAUUCCCUUGCUAUCGAUGAUCCUGUCAGAUCUCACGAUGAUCGAGGAGAACGACAACAACAUCGAUAUCAAGGACAGCCCAGCUGUGACGAUAGAAGCGGGUGCGGCCAGCGGGACGGAGGAGAAGCUGAUCCACUUUGAGAAGAUGACGAUGAUCUACGAGACCCUGAGCGUGCUCAAGCGGUGCUUUGAGGUGUCGUACAGUGAGGCCAUGAUCGAGUCCAUCGCCGCGGGGGAGGGCACCAAGGGCGAAGGUACCACCGAGGAGCUCCAAUGGAUGCUCAAGGUUCUGCCACGCCUCCCCGAGAAGGAACUCUACGAGUUCAAGGGCGACAGCAAGAAGAAGGUAGUCAAGGAGUUGAAGAAGGCGUACAAGACGGUGGCCAAGGAGAGGAAGAAGGCCUGA